CAGACUCGGGCAGUUUUGGGCGCGUAGUGGAACGAGCUUUUCGGCGAACUGAUGCCUCUCACCGGACGCCUCGCUUUGGUUACCGGCGGAGCAAGUGGAAUCGGUGAGGCCGUGUGCCACACGCUGGCCGAUGAUGGUGCCACUGUAGUCGUUGCCGACAAGCAGCUCGAGGUAGCGAGAAAAGUUGCCGCCUCCCUGCCAGGAGGUGUGCAACACCAGGCUGAGUACGUGGACGUCGGCGAUUCCUCGUCCGUGGAGCAGCUCUUCGGGAACAUUAGAAGCACGUCGCCACUGCCACUCAGCAUCGUCGUCAACUGCGCUGGCAUUUUAGGUCAGGCGCUUCUCGUCGACUGCACCGAUGAAUUUUUCGACGAAGUUAUAAGGGUCCACCUGAGGGGUGCUUUCCUGGUGACCCGGGCAGCGAGUCGUGAGAUGAUACGUACUGGAACGGCAUUGCCCGAAGGAGGCGCAGCCAUUGUUAACAUAUCAAGCCUCGCGGCUAAGACCGGCUCGCGCGCCUGUAGCGCCUACGCCGCAGCAAAAGCCGGUGUCGUGUCCCUCACGAAGUCGGCGGCGCAGGAACUGGCAGCGCACGGUAUCCGCUGCAACGCCGUGCUGCCCGGCUGGACGGAAACGCCCAUGACGGCCUCUCUGCGCGAAGAAUUGAAAUCUGCGUUCUGCUCACUGGUACCGCUAAAGAGAACCGCACAGCCCAGGGAGAUCGCUGAAGCCGUGAAGUUUCUUGGCUCGCCUGCGUCCAGUUCCUAUGUCACGGGAGCCGCACUGGAAAUAACUGGAGGAUGUAACAUGUGAUUUUGUGCCUCGAGCGAGAGAGAGAAAAAGAAAACGUUUACUGGCUUUCGGUCCUCUGUCCGGGGCUACUGGCUGAGGGGACGGGAAACUUAGAGAAUGGUGAGACGUUGAUGGCGUUGCCUAUUUAUUACAGCGAAGCUGUUUAAGGCUAGGGUUCCGUGCACUUUUCUUCUGCGCGAACAAAAACUCAUACCGCCCUCUUUGUCGUCGUUCCAACCGCUGGCGUGCCUAGUUUCCUGCCGCUCUCCCGGGGUGGCGGCACCGUCGAGACGUCACGCGUUUCUCCUG